GCCGCCAUGCUGCGGGAACCCGCCGAGGAGCGCGGCCGGGACUGGUUCACCAUCGGCGGGGCCCUCACCGCACCCCAGCUCCUGGCAGAGGAGCCGCGGGCCGCCCGCCGAGGCGCCUUCCUCCGCCAGCCCGCAAAGGAACCGCUGGCGGCUGUGGGGCUGCCUAUCUCAGAGAAUGUUGGAAAUGAAUAUGCUAAGAAAUUAAGACAAGCAAAGGAACGAGAGCUGAAUGUAGCUGGAAAUGAUCAGCAUGUCUAUAAAACAGGUUCUUCACUGUAUCAGUGUGAAUCACGUGAUUCAACUUCUAUGCCAAUAAGUAAAUGGAAAUAUUUGGAUAUGCCUACAGCCAAACACAGGGAAAAGAUAGUGUCUCUGAUACAAAACAAUUCAGUUGUGAUUGUAGAAGGAGCAACUGGCAGUGGAAAGAGCACACAGAUUCCACAAUAUAUUUUGGAUUAUUGCAUGAACCAGUCUUUGCCCUGCAACAUUGCUGUUACCCAGCCUCGGAAAAUUAGUGCCAGCAACCUUGCCAGGUGGAUUAGCAAGGAAAGAUCAUGGACACUAGGUGGAUUUAUAGGAUACCAGUUAAGUUUAGAGAAUGUUUCAACAAAGAAGACGAGGUUGCUGUAUAUGACAACUGGAGUUCUUCUUCAGAAAAUACUUUCUGCCAAGAGCCUAACUCAGUUCACACACAUUUUCAUUGAUGAGGUGCAUGAGCGUACAGAAGAAAUUGAUUUCUUGCUCUUGGUGACCCGUAAACUGUUGUAUACAAAUUCACAGUCUGUGAAGAUAAUAUUGAUGUCUGCUUCUAUCAACUCCAAAGAAUUAGCUGAUUACUUUGCACUUCCAGUUCAUAAUGGUUUGAAUUCAGUCUGUGUAUUUGAGGUGGAAGGCAGACCUUUUGAAGUUGAAGAAUAUUAUCUUGAUGAUUUGAAGGACAUGUUUGAUUUCCAGCUUCGUCCUCAGAGCCUUGGGGAACCAAUGAUUGAAAAGAAAAUGUAUCAAGUGGCAGUGUCUGUGAUUCAGUCACUUGAUGAGUUUGAAAAGAGGGAGAAAAAGAGCUUGAGUGAAACACUGGAACGUGGCAGCGUGCUUGUGUUUUUACCAGGUUUAAGUGAAAUAAGAUACAUGCACUCAUGCCUCUCGGAUAAAUACAAAAGGUGGCAAGUGUACCCACUUCAUGCAUGUGCAACACUGGAGGAACAAAGUAAAGUAUUUUCAGCUACAGUUCCUGGCUACAGAAAAGUUAUUCUAGCUACCAACGUAGCUGAGAGCUCUGUAACAGUUCCUGAUGUUAAGUAUGUGAUAGAUUUCUGCUUAACUAAAAUUUUAUUUUGGGAUAAGGAAACUAAUUACCAAAAUUUGAGGCUUUGCUGGGCAUCUAAGACAAACUGUAGUCAAAGAAAAGGUCGUGCUGGACGUGUUUCCAAAGGCUAUUGUUACAGGCUCAUACACAAGGACUUCUGGGCAGACUGUAUCCCAGAGAAGUCAGAGCCUGAGAUGCUGCAUUGUCCAUUGGGAGCUACAGUCUUAAAAUUAAAGAGGCUUGAUAUAGGGGAACCAAAAGCCUUGCUGGCAACAGCUCUUUCUCCACCCAGUGUAGGUGACAUUGAACGUACAAUAAUUCAGCUGAAAGAGCUUGGAGCACUUACAACCUGUGCGCAAACAGAAGAAAAUCUGCAUGAUGGUGAGCUGACUUUCUUAGGAGUGGUGUUGGCACAGUUGCCAUUGGACCUGCAUCUUGGAAAGUUGAUAGUCCUUGGGCAUGUCUUUGGUUGCUUAGAGGAAUGCCUUAUUAUAGCUGCAGCACUGUCUUUGCGGAAUUUUUUUGCAGUACCUUUCAAAAACCAUGUUGAUGCAUACAGAAAAAAAAUGGUUUUUUGUGGGAAUAGUAGGAGUGACUGUAUUGCAAUUCUGAAUGCAUUUAGGGCAUGGCAGGCCUGCAAAGAAAAAGGGAAGCUGAGAAAUCCCAUGGAAGAGCUUGAGUGGGGUCGUUCUAAUUGUGUUCAUAUAAACAAGAUCAAAGAGGUGGAAGAGUUAUUUCACAACUUGAAAAGGAGAGUCAGUGCAUUUAAUAUGCAUGUUAAAGCUCAACCAUCUCCUAUGGACCAGGAAUAUGUGUGCAAACAACGCUUCAUCUUGCAGGUGGUAAUAGCUGGUGCCUUCUAUCCAAACUACUGUACUUUUGGAAAAUGUUAUGAAGAAACUGCCAUGAAGGACCUUGCUGGCAAGGAUCCAAAAACCACUGUAAUGCUGAAGAACAUUCCUCCCUAUGGAUAUAUAUACCAUAAACAGUUGCAGUCACUGCUUAGACAGUGUGGGCAGGUAAAAUCUAUUUCCUACAGUGGAGCAAGAGCUUUUGUGGAGUUCUCCCGUAAUCCAAAGGAGGUCUUCAAGGUUCUUCCUGAAGUGUACCUGGCAGUCAAGAUGUCACAGCUGAAGAUUCCUUUUGAGCUGAGUGUUCAUUGUCCAGAAGAUAUCACAAGACAAGUGCAAGGUGCAGCAGCUGCAGGUUUGGAAUUUCUAAGAGUAAAUGUGGACUGUCAGAAGCAGACAGUGGAGCCUGUGGAAAUUUCAUUUGGUGAUUUACAAAUGUCGAAGAUGAUCCCAAGUCAUUUUUUGUCCAUCAGGGUAACAGAGAUAGUAGAAGUUGGACACUUCUGGGGUUACAGGACAGAUGAAAAGAACACAGCUGUACUGCAGGCUCUGAGUGCUGAGAUUGACUGUCAGAACCUGAUGGAUUUAGCAGUGCCUCCACGUGUGGAUGUGCUGUGCCUGGCACCAUUCACUUAUCUGGGAAAGAGAGGAUACUACAGAGCUCAUGUUCUGUAUAUUCACGGGGAUCUUGCUGAGGUUUUUUUUGUGGAUUAUGGCAAUAGAUCAGAAGUGCCUUUAAAUAAAUUAAAAGAGAUUCCAAGCUGUCUUCAGGGGCUUCCUUUCCAGGCUUUGGAGUUCAAGAUCUGCAAGAUGUGUCCCUCUGCCCGGUCCCUGGUGUGCGGGGAGCGCUGGAGCUGCAGCGCCAGCCAGAGGUUUGCCUCUCUGGUCAGUGGCUGCACUCUGCUCGUGGAGGUUUUCUCCCUGGUGCACGGCGUCCUGCACGUGGAUGUUUUCCGGCACUCGGGCCGCAGGGGCCUGCUGAACGUUCGGGAUGUGCUCAUCGAGGAGAGCCACGCGGAGCCGGCACAGGAGUCCUACGAGUCACAGCAAAACCAUGAUUUGCUCAAGGAAAUAUUUUUGGAUAAAGCAAAGGAAGAAGAGCAAGUGCCUGUAUCUGCAAAACAGGAAGAAAAGCAUCUCAUUGAAAGAUUGUUGAACUGUUUUUCUGAAAAGAAAUCUGAUGCACCAACCCAUAAGGUAACCAUUUUUGGUCCAUUUAGUCCUUACCAGCUGAAAUGCUACGGUCUGACCAAAAUAUCCCAAUUCAGAAAUGUUCUCGUACAUAGGGAGAGCAUAAACUCCGUUGUUGUCCAUGAUGGUGUAGAAGAUCCCUUUCAGCGGCUCUUGGUUGCCACUGAUGUAUCAGUAACUGCAGCUGGAUGUGUGGUUUUAAGGGACACAUCUCUGAUGCCUCCUAUCCAUGGCCUGCUGGCACUCCUCAGUAUGCUGUUUGCUCCUGCAAUAGAACUCAGAGUUCAUAAAAGUGGGAAGUAUUUUACUGGUGUUCUGUGUGGUUUGGGUUGGAGUGAGACAUCUGGUGCUCCACUGCUUCCAGAAAAUGAUAUGGAGGUGACCUUUGAUGUGCAUUUUGGACAGGAAGACAUAGUAGAGAUAAACAGUCUGAGGACAGCCAUGAAUAAGCUGCUCUGUGAGCAAGCACUGUAUUCUGGCCAAGAGCAAGUGGCACAGCUGCAGGAGAAUACUCGUCAGAAGCUCCUAUGUUUAAUCUGCAAAUCAAAGCCUCGAGACAUAAUUGAUCCUCUCUGGUAUGAGAAGCCAUAUGCAUGGAAUCAGGUGGAUUCUCAACGUAUUAUUGGCGAGUCUGAAAAGCAGCGUGCAAGAGGAAAUUCUGUUUAUCAGCUCCACAAGCUUGUUUUGUUGAAUGAUUAAGUAUUUCUAGAAAUCUUUCAGAGGAUGAGGUACUACCAGUCUAAAAAUUAUUUCUGUCUUGUACACAUGUUUUGCGAGACUGUUCCUUAAGAUGAGUACAAGUUUUAUAAAAUACAGUUUGGAAGAUGUUCCUGUGUUUUUGAAAAAGCUGUGGUUUGCUGGCCUAGAGCAGACAAGUUCAGUCAUAAAAGAAACUGAUGUAUCAGGAUACAGUUUUCAUUUUAAUAAUACUUCUGAACAGGUUUAUCACAAGGUACGUGAAAGAUGAAGCAAAUCGAGGCUUAGUUGUUAAUUUUCUGUCUAAAGCCCCAUAUAUUAAGGGGUAUGGCUUUUUUUUGUCUGUAGUUGCAAGUUGCAUUUUCCUGUUUUCUUUUUUAUUAGUUUUGUUUAAAAAUAUGGAGCAAAGAGGAUUGAGGUUUUCCUUAACCAAGAAAUAGAAUUCAGAAGAAACUGAUGAUCUGAAUUAUAUUCUGAUCCAAACUAUAUCUUCAUAUAGUGGAUACAAUUUUUUCGUUGAUUUUUUUUGUACAGCAAAACAUGAUUUAUUUUCUUGUAUGGCAGAAGAAUGCUUUUGAAUUACUGGUUCAUGGCACUUUGUUUCAUCCUUUUGACUUAUUUUUACCUGGGAGAUCUUUAGCCCUAAAAAUUAGGUCAGUGGUUUCAGAAUAAAAUGCAGAAAUUAAAUAAAAUGUUUUUGUCUCUUCCUUUGUGCAGUCAUGCUUAAUAAAAGCUGAAUUUAGUUAUUAAAGGUCUGUGAUUGUAUUCAUGAAAUACAUCAAUAGAGAAAGAAAAUAGGGAAGAGUAUUCAUUUUCACUGUUCAUGCAGUGGUUUGAAAGGUCAUGUAAUAUCCAGUCAUCCUCUUAAGGACAGAGAAUCAUGGCCAUCAUAAAGAAAUGGUAGCUUUUUGGAAAAUAAGGGGAUGCUUAAAACAAAUUAUUUUAGGCUAUAAUUAAACAGAGAGAUGACUGUGUAACAGCCAAUUUCAGUGGUUUAUUAGAGCAUUACUUUCUUAGACCCAUUUUAGUGAUCCUUGGGAAUUGGAAUAGUUAGUGAGAGAGGUCUAACAGCAAAAUUGCAUCUCAAGUGGCUUAGACAAGAGCGUUUCUCAGCCAAGUGUUGUACACCAAUUAAGUGUUCUUGUUAAACACCUUCAGGGGCAAGUGGAACAGGCAGGAUUUCAAAUCUUGCUUUUGUCUGUCAAUGAUGGGAGUUUUCUUAGGAAGAGGAAACUUGGCAAUGCACAAAGGCAUGAGAAAAAUAAAGGAAUUCAUUCCACAUAACCAACAAACAUUUUUUUAAAAUUUUUAAACUCUGUUUCUCCCGUGAAAGGUUUGUGAGUGUGACUGUGCUGCCACCAGGUGGGGGCUGCUGUGAAAUAAGGCAGAACAGCCCUGAAGGAAACUCGGCAUCCUUCAAGUCAGCCUUGCUGGGUGAUGUUGUUUAUUUGCAGAUGAAUAUACAGUGCUAACAUUUGUAGAGGAGCUGUUGUAUUUUAUUGUUUGAUUUGGGCUUCAACAGCAUUGCAAAGUCACCUGAACAAGUUUAAGGUAAGUAGCUUCAGGAUUUCCCUUUCAAAGGGUAAUAGUAUGUCACACUAGAGGAAGAAGUAUUGUAAACAGCAGUGUCUGUGUGGCUGUGGACCUGAUCCCACUCAGCUUUGUGGCUUGUGGGGGCUACUUCCAUUUAAAAAAAUGGCCAUGACUACUUUUCAAGAUUUUGUUUAUGUCCAGAUGUUCAUCAACACUGAGCAGAAUGAGACUUCACUUACCACAGUUAAUAAAUUAUUUAUGUACUUCUUCAUUGAGCUUAAGAUGGAACUAUUUGAAUCUAUCAAUGGUCAGAUUAAUGCUCUUAAAUGCCUCCAGUAGUAAGGAUAAGGUGACAAACUGAUCUGAUAGGUGCUUCUAGAAUCUGAAACAGUGUGCACUGAUGGUUAUUCAUAAUUUCCCCCCAUAGCUACAAUGACACCUCAUAGCAGUUUUAAGUCAAAAAGAGAUUUUUUGCCAUUCCAUGUAAUUAAUUUUGGAAUUUCCCACCAUGGGCUCUGAUGGAAAUGAAACAAAUACAGAAAAUAACUGGAACUCCAGGGAAGGAAGGUUCUUCAAUACCUGUUAAAAUUUGAUGAACUGAACUCCCUACCUUACUGAAUUCCAGAACCUCAGAAUGUACUCAAAGCGUGUCUAUUUUUAUACUUGCCCAACUGUUUCCAUAUGACAAGUAUAUAGGUGGGAAAUACUGUUUACAAAUUCCUUUACAGACAGGUCACCUGUGGUUCCUUAACUGGUUCUUGAAAGUGCUGCAGAGCACUUGCUCUGUUCUUUCAGGAGAAUCACUGAACAGCAAACAGAAAAAGGAUGUAACACAGUUGGGAGUUCCAGUUCCUUUCCAUAAAGGUGCGUGUAGGGAUUAGGGUGCUUUGAAUGAACCCAGCUGAGUCCUGCUCAGCCUGGGGCCACUUGCACCCUGGCAGCUGUGCUCUCUGCAGGGAGUGCCAGUGGGGAAAUGAAGGUGAGAGGGGAUGUCAGUGUGAAGUGGUCCAUUUCCAGGGAAAGCAGGA